CGGUCCUUGACCUUUUCCCCAGUGAAAGAUCAGUUGUUAAUCUCGUGGUAAUUAUACGUAAUAGUUCUUCUACGUGUACAACUAUACUAACUUCACUUUUGGACCUGAGUGGAUAUUUUCAAAAUGUAUCGAGCAGCUGAUCGUUUGAAAGUUGUUCUACGGCAUUUGGAUCGGCCGAAUUCCCGAAUUAAAGCUUCUGCCACUUCAACACAGGUUGCAGCCUAUUCCCGCCCUGUGGAAUUCCGCUACACUAUGGACAAUGAUGUCCUUACCCCUGAGCAGAGACUCUUCUAUGAGGAAAAUGGGUUCCUUAUAAUUAAGAACUUGGUACCUGAUGAAGCCAUUGAACGCUUCAGAACUGAGUUUGAGAAGAUCUGCAGAAGGGAGGUGAAAGUCCCAGGGCUGUUGGUUAUGCGGGACAUCACAAUCGCAAAGUCAGAGUUUCUCCCGGACCAGAGUGCGGUGUCCAAACUCCAGGAUUUCCAGGAGGACCAGGAACUCUUCAGCUACUGCACACUGCCACAGAUUUUGAAGUAUGUUGAAUGCUUUACUGGACCCAACAUUAUGGCUAUGCACACCAUGUUAAUCAACAAACCUCCUGAUGCAGGGAAGAAAACAUCUCGCCACCCCAUGCACCAGGAUCUGCACUAUUUCCCAUUCCGGCCUGUUGACCACAUUGUGUGUGCCUGGACCGCCAUGGAGAGAGUGGACCGCAGUAAUGGGUGUCUGGUGGUACUGCCUGGAACUCACAAGGGGACCCUGAAACAGCAUGACUACCCUGAUUGGGAGGGUGGAGUAAAUAAGCUGUACCAUGGAAUUCGUGAUUACGAUCCAGACCAGCACAGGGUUCACGUGGUGAUGGAAAAAGGAGACACUGUUUUCUUCCAUCCCCUCUUAAUCCACGGAUCCGGAAUGAACCGCACCCAGGGAUUCAGAAAGGCAAUUUCCUGUCACUAUGCAAGUUCUGACUGUUAUUACAUUGAUGUAAAGGGAACCUCCCAGGAAAUCAUUGAACAAGAAGUCAAGGAAAUUGCUCAACACAAGUAUAACACAGGUUCAGACAUCACACUAAAGGAUACCUGGGCUUUCAGAGGGCGCCUUGUGAAGGGUCAAAGGACCUUGCUGUGAGCAGAAUGGAAAAAAAGUCCUGUGUGAACUAACCAUUUAAUUGAAAUCUUGAGUGUUCACUAAAAAAAACAAAAAAAAAAACACACUUAGAUGGUAAUAAUGUUACUGAUUACAAAUAAGUAAAUGAAUCCUUAAAGGUGCAAUUAUACAGAUGAUUUUUAACAGUACACGAAAAUGCAUAUGAGGUGGAGGAAGGGUCGAGAAGUAAGCACUUAAAUUGAAAUUAAAUUAAUCACCGGGUUGUAAAAUACACAUGAAAUGUCUUUUAUGAUGAACUAAUUGUAGGCUUUGUAAUGAAUAAUUUUUUGAAUGGUAUAUAUUAUAAAUUGAAGCUCCCAUCCCAACACUAAUUCUAAAGUGAUACAAAGAAAGCUUUUAUUUCUUUGUAGUUUCUUCUUCAUGUUAGUAAAUAGGUUCAGGGAAUUCAGCACUUGCCUUUGCAGACAUUGUGUCUUCAUUUCAAAGCUUCCUGUCAUACUGGAAUACUGUGCAUGAAAGUGAAUGCACCAGAAGAAUGUUAGACAGACGAAGAUAUUGUUCUGUUAAAUUAGAUAUUUUAUAGUAAGUGGAAUACGGUGAAAAAACAAUGUUCAAUUGUAGAUAUACAUUAAUAAAUCAAUAAAUGCUUGCUGUCAGUUAUACUUUAUCAGUGUGACCCAUUUCUUGAAUUCUGUUGUAUUAAAAUUGCUAUGCACUAGAAUUUUUUUUUUUUUUUAAUUUGAGCUCCUCCCAGGAUAUAAUUUGUGUGACCAAGCACUAAUGAUACAGCUGUGUAAAUUACUGUAACUCCAAUAUACUUACUAUACUGCACUGUUUUUAAAAACGGAAGCAUUUAUUUUUAAAAAGAAGAAAAAAACUAUAUACAUUACAGUGCAUUUGUUAUGAGGCAUGUUUAUUAAUCUCCAGUAGAAAGAGUGCACCACUUUUGUUAAAACUGAAAGUGAAGAAGAAAUGAGAAACAAAUGACUUUAGUGCUGGUAUGAGUAAGUGUUUGCACUGGAGCAGUUUAAUAAAUUGGGCCCAAAGUGUCAGUAAGUCAUAGUGACUUGUCAACAGUUUCUGGCUAAUCUGUGCUCUGCUUUAAUAGUGUACACAAUGCUGGGUCUAUCUGGCCCACUGAGAUGUUUAUUGCGAUGUAGUCCCAGACGUCAGUUUUCUGGUUUCCUUAAACAAGCUGGGAUUCUUGUUGUAAAGCAAGAUUACUGUAUGUGCAGCUUGAUUUUAAGUAUUGGUUUUUCUCUAAAUACCAGAGAAACUACUUGAUGUGAUGCUACUGCAUUAAGAUUAAAACACUCUAAAAAGCAACAUCAGACUGACCUCAGAUGAAUUAAUAGUAUUCUCAGAGUGAUUGUCAAGAGGCAAUGUACUGCUUUUCAUGGAAAAUUACCUGCUGUUAAUUGGAUUCCUCUCUGCGGGACCUCACACUUAAGUAAUCCAAAGCACAGGACUGCACAUAUGAGCUCUCAUUGGAUGGAUGCUGUAGUUUUCAAUAAAGGUGUGACUUCUUUUUGAAGGAGA